AUAUUUUAGAAAAUGCAAAUUUAUAAUUAUUUAUUAUGUACUUACACGUGCAUCAGGGGACAUAACCUCUUCAUUGUAUGUCGUUCUCUUGCCCGUACUACAUUCACCAACACCAACUCGUCUUUUCUUUCGAGAAUAGUCUGUCGAUAGAGGAAGGUCGCCAGUCCUUUUCAAAUGUUCUUUAUAAGGGCCUCGUUUCAUUAUUCUCAAUACUUCGUUUCAAAACCAUCGAUGUAAUGUAUACAAAAACAUAGAGCCACGUGAUAACGAGGUGAUAUGCAAACUGUUGCGCGUUGAGCAUGCGUUGUGGAACGCAUGCGUACGCGCAUAAGGAUAACGCGAUAAACCAGAAAGAAUCAUACUCGCGAUACGAUCGUGCUAACAAGGAAUUCGGAGGAAUUUGGAAAGUAUAGAUAAUUAUAGUAUUUAUCGGAUAAUGGAGGUGAAUGACACAGAGGAGUUGAACGAUGAAAAGUGUAUUCUCGUAGAGUUUCCUAACGAGAACGGAAAUAUAGCCGUUGGAUAUUUCGCAUGGCUAACAACAGUGAAAGAAGAAGAACGUGUAAAUGCACUUAUAAAAAGCGGUGAACAUGUAGUUAUUCGUUGGCCGGCGAAUUGCAUCGUUGGUCCACUGAAUGCAAAAAUGAAGAAAAAAUUUCUUAAUUGCAAGUGGACUCCGCACAUCGUGUCCAUUUUAGGAUUUGGAGAUUGGACAAGCAUGAACACGCAGCUUAAAAAUUAUCUUAAAUAUGAUGAGCCAAAUCCAAUGAAGGAAGAUAGGAAGAAGUAUGCUGCUAAGAAAAAGGCAGCAGUAGUAGUGAAGAGGAUGAUAAAAAGAAGAAUUAAGGUAUGA